GAGCUUUAGGAUUCCUUCAUUUGGCUCAUGAAUGAGCUCCUGAUCUCAUCUGGGUCUUUCCGUCCAUAUAUAAGGAUUAAAGCUCAUCUAGCUCUCAUGUUUCUCGCUGCUAAACUCUGAGGAGAAUGAAACCUGUAAGUACAGUCACAGUUGUUUGGAGAAACUCACAAGACGUUUGUGCAACUUUGGAACAAGCAGACGCAUAUGAUGAAGAUGUGCAUCGUAUUGAAGUCGUGAGCCAGCCACUCGUAUGAAGAAGAUGAGCGGAGGUGAAGCGUGCGUUUCAUAGCAGAAAGCAUCUGAUUGAUCUUCUGCAAUGAAUAAAGUUAGGCUGUGGUCAAAGGAGAUGGUCUCUGUCUGGUUGACAGAUCAGGGCUUGCAGGAGUACUCAGAAGCUUUACAGAACUAUGAUGGAGCAGCUCUGUUAAAUCUCACCGCGGAUGAUUUCCAGCGACCGCCGCUCUUCAGGUUCACGUCUGACAGCGGCAGACAGAUACUGGAAAAGAUCGAGACCCUUAAGAUUGAGCAUCACAUCGAUGUGCACAAGAACGGGCACGCCAACGGGCACGUGGGGAACGUCGGCGAGGUUCUUAGGAACGGCACAGUAAACGGCUUCCAUAAAGAGCUGGUGCAGAUCUCCAUACCUUCGGCUUCUCCGCAGUUCCCUGCCGAGUGGGGGAAGACGGCCGUGGCCUUCGUUUAUGCCUUGUGCUGCUUUGUAUUGACCACCGUUAUUAUUUCUGUGGUCCAUGAACGUGUGCCUCCUAAGGAGGAAACUCCUCCAUUACCUGAUAAGUUUUUUGAUGUGUUUGAUCGAGUGGAGUGGGCUUUCACGGUCUGUGAGAUUAAUGGGAUGAUUCUGAUGCUCUUGUGGGUCAUACAGUGGAGUUUCUUAAAACACAGAUCGAUCAUUGGCCGGCGUUUCUUUUUCAUUGUGGGAACACUUUACCUGUACAGGUGCAUCACCAUGUAUGUCACAACACUGCCAGUGCCCGGCCUGCACUUCAGGUGCUCUCCUAAGCUUUAUGGUGACUGGGAGUCCAAGAUGAGACGGGUGAUAAAGAUGAUCGCCGGAGGAGGUUUGACCAUCACUGGAUCUCAUAACAUGUGUGGGGAUUACCUGUACAGCGGUCACACGGUCAUGUUAACCCUGACCUAUCUGUUCACGAGAGAAUAUUCUCCCAGAAGGUUUUGGUGGUACCACUGGAGCUGUUGGCUUCUCUGUGCAGUGGGAGUGUUUUUUAUUCUGCUUGCUCAUGACCACUACACCAUUGAUGUGGUCGUGGCCUACUUCAUCACCACACGUCUCUUCUGGUGGUACCACACCAUGGCCAACCAACAGGCGCUCAAGGAGACGUCCCAGAACAACUUUUUCACUCGAGUGUGGUGGUACAGAUUUUUCCAGUACCUGGAGGAGAACGUUCCAGGCGUCGUUCCUCGUAGCUACCAGAAGCCCUUCUUCUGGCGCUCGCUGCAUUGGGGUCAUGUAAAGUACAUGCGAAUAGAAUCGGACUGAUGAUCUUCAAAACAUAUGCCUGAAGUGCCAGAACAUACAAAACAGAAAAUUGCCUGAAAGCGUAGUGAAUCUCUCUACUGAUGUGAUGAGCUGAAUCUGAUCCAAAGCUUUUUGCUCCUCUGUUACUCCCUCAUGAAAGUGAUCUUCGGACCUGUAACUUAACGUUUAUGGGGUUUAGAACAAUGACGGUUUACAAAAUAUCAGGUAAUGUUCUUCUCUCUAGUCAUGUUGUUGGCCUAUAGUGAAUCAGAAUCACACCAACACAUGUCCGUUUAUAACAGAACCACAAGCUAAAUAAUGCCAAGUUAUUAAGUUUUCCGAAUAACUUAACUAUAUGUUUAACCUACUUACAUCUGCCCCCGUUUACAGGCACAAGGGUGUAUUUUUCAGAUAUUUUGUUAUCCCACAUACAGUAAGAGCAUUUUGUUGUUGUUAAAUGAAGCGUGUAGUGUUUGUAAGAUUUGGUUUUGUAUAACCUCACAUUUUUGUAGACGAUAUUUGUAUCUAUCCCAAAUUUGUAUCUUUCAAACUAACGCUUCAUUCAUUUGGCUUUUUACUGAGAUGUACAGAAGAUGUAUUUUGUUUGGAUAAUCUGAUGUUUCUCAAGUGCCUUAAUGGUUCAAUUUGAACAGUGUAAAGAUGUAUUUAUGGUCUUUUAAAGACAACGUAAGUGUUUUUGACUGGACGCUUUAUAUUUAGGGUCGUUGUGUGUAGUAAACUACAUAUGCUUGAAUCUAAAGUCUAUCUUCAUCACUGAAUGUAAGAAUUCAGUUCUGUGUGUCCAUAAGCAAAGCUCAUUCAGAUGUCCUUAACCAUUUCUGCCAUGUUGUUGUUGUUGUUGUUGUUGUUUGAAUGUAUUUAUUUUUGGUUUUGUUGUGUUGUAUUUUGUGUUUCCCUCUGGGAUGUCUAAAUAUGGGUUGACUCUAAAUUUUUGUGUUUACUUUGAACUUUCUAUGAUCGAGAACAGAAUCUGAUUUUCUGAUCCGUCUCAUUGACUACUCAAUACAAGAAGCUGCUAACUGUGAUGUAGAUCAUCCACACACAAACAAAUAAAUCAUAAAUAUGA